ACAUGGCGGUCGGUGACGGCCACCUCGAGCUGGCUUCGACGACAAACGCAACGAGCAGCUACGUCCCUUCCCCCAUCUCUUCUUUAAUAAUAAUGAGUCCAUAACAAACAAAACAGCACACACAAAGUACUCUACGCAGCUACAUCCCGUUCGUUGUAGGAAGAGACCUUCUCCCCCCCCUCCCCACCCCCACGCCGCACCCCCCUGCUUCGUCCUCCUUGUUCGAUUGAAGGCACCCUCCCAACGAAAUCCACCUGCCGGAGAUGGUCUACGGCGGGGAUCGCAUCCUGCCGUCGCCCUCGCCCCCUUCAGCCGGUUCCGGCCUUUAAUGGGCGCCGUUUGCAUCGAGAAGAUGGCCGGCGACGGCGAGUCCUCGGGGCGCCUGCGGCUCGAGAUCGGCCGUCUCGAGGCUACCGGCGAAGACGAUCCCCCGCCGAGUCCAAGAAUGACAGGAAAGCGGCGAGAGGAGCCGGACCCCUUCGGAUUCGCCGUGGGCCAGAAGCGGAGCCGGACCGCCGGUGACGACGCCGCUGCUCCUCAUCCUCACCCGCAGGGCUCCUGUUGUGCCGCACCCUCGUCGUCGUCCGUCUCUGUCGGAGAAGCUUGUGCUCGGGCGAUCGGGUCGACUUCUCGGUUGGCGCCGGCCGAGCACCCCGUCGCGUUCGGAUCAAUAUCGCUUUCGGGUCGGUCGAGGGAGAUGGAAGACGCUAUCUCGGUCCGGCCGGGCUUCUUCCGGGCGGAAGGCAGCCCGCCGCUUCAUUUCUUCGCCGUCUUCGACGGCCACGGUGGCGCCCACGUCGCAGAUCUGUGCAAAGAGCGGUUGCACAUUAUGCUGGCGGAGGAGCUGGGCCGCGCGGAGACGGAGGAGGAGGCGUGGAUGAGGGCCGCGGUAGGGCGGAGCUUCGCGCGGAUGGACGAGCUGGCGCUGACGGCUUGCGCGUGCGGGAAGGUCGGGAUGCCACCGUGCGGCUGCGAGCGGUCGGGGAUCGAGUCCGAGAUUGUGGGGUCCACGGCGGCGGUAGCGAUCGUCGGCGGUAGUCGGAUCUUCGUCGCCAACUGUGGGGACUCUCGGACGGUGCUCAGCCGAGGCGGCCGGGCGGUGCCGCUCUCCUCCGACCACAAGCCGGACCGACCGGAUGAGCUGGCGAGGAUAGAAGCGGCCGGGGGACGGGUGAUAUAUUUGAACGGAGCUCGCGUCCACGGCAUACUGGCCAUGUCACGGGCGUUAGGGGACAAGUACUUGAAGCCUUCUGUGAUUUCCGAACCGGAGAUCCGCGUGGUGGAGAGAACAGGCGAAGAUGAAUGCCUGAUCGUCGCGAGCGAUGGGCUGUGGGACGUCUUACCUAAUGAUCUUGCAUGUGAUGUGGCUCGACGGUGCUUGGAAGAGGCAGAUCCGACAAGGGAAUCCGAGGACACCCUCGGAGGAGACAGCAGAGGCACAAGGGAGGAAGAGCAAGCAUCUGACGCACGAUGCUCUCUUGCAGCAACACUGUUGGCUAGGCUUGCGCUGGGAAGGAAAAGCGCUGACAAUAUAAGCGUAAUUGUUAUUGAUCUGAGAAGAAAGCAACGGUAGUCUGAUUGCAAACAUUGUUGUCUGUCGAUGAAUCGGUUUGUUUGACGGACAGUCUUGCACUAUCGAAACAGUGUGUUGAAGAGAAAUGUAUUGAAAGGAUGAUGCUGGAUUUAAAUGCCAAAGUUCAUCAAAGAAUUCUUCCUCUUAUUAUA